AUGAUGCAAGUACUUUCUUACCGGAACACUGCGAGUCUGCGCCGAGCGAUGGCGUCAGAUCGGCUAGAGGUGGAUCAUCGCUUGGCGGGACCAGCACGUCAGAGGCCUGUAAUCUGGCUGGUUCCUGCCCAUUGGGAGGUAUUGCCUCCGACUGACCGAGUGCCGACUCCCGCUCCGUUCCCGGAUGCCGCGCCGCGCUUCACGUCGGUGCCGAAACCUCCUCCGUCUCACCUAGGGACCGCUCCGGGCCACCUUGAACGGCUAUGA